CUAUUCACCCACCCUAGCUGGAGGAAUUCAUCAAGGACUUUGAGGAGAACGGGCCCGGUUCGGUGGGGCCCGACCUGGACAAAGGCAGCAAGCUGAUGGACUUUUACGGUGCCAAAUUGAACAAAUACGAAGAGCGGCGCAUUGAGUUGUCCAAUGCGGAGAAACUUUUCGAUAUGCCGAUGGCUGAUUACAAUGAUUUCUCAAGAAUCAAAACCGACUACGAGGGUAUGUUAUUGGUCUACAAACUGUACAAAGCCUACAAGACUGGCAGAGAAGUUUGGUCGAAGACACUAUGGGCCGAUUUGGAUCCACAAAUACUCACGGAUGGCAUCGAAAGUUACAUGAAAGAGUUUCGCAAACUACCAAAACAGGUGCGCUUACUACCCUCUGGUAUGAUGCUCGAAUUGAGCAUGAAACAAUUCAAGAAUACCGUGCCGUUAAUG